AGUUUAAACUAAACCCCAAAAGAGAAAAACCUUGAUAGAUAAGGGGAACAGAACAACACUCCAACAGAGAGAGAGUGGGAGGACUUGAAAAUGGCGAACCUCAGAACGGCUAUGGAUGCGGCGUUCUGGGACUUGAAUGUGGCCAGUCCACAAGCGCUUAUCGAGGGUUCAGCUAAGCACGUACCCGGCGAACCGUUCCCUCUCGACGGUGCCCGAGCUAGUCGGGUGAUCCGGCCUCAGCAGCUCUCUAUUAUGAAGAAUGGAUUCCCUUUAGGAAUCAUUCCCUUAUACGCACCCGCCCCUCUAAAGAAUGUCGGUUCCUUCGCCAUCCAUUCUAUCUUCGGUCAUGAAUUCUCUAACGGGUGGCUUGCAUGUCUAGGGCAAUUUCGUCCAAUAAAAUUGAUUUCUAACAUCAAAUCUGAAGUCCUUAAUGCUGAUGAGUGGGAAGGGCCUGUCUUCAAAGAUAUUUUGAAGCAUAUCUUGGAUAAGUCUCUCUAUUCUCUUGGAUUAUGCUCGCAGAUAGCACUGUCCGACUCAUCAUCAUUAUUACUGAGCAGUGCAGCACAGGGUGAGAGGAAGGGUCGUCGUAAGAGAGCCAUGAUAUUCCAUAAGCUCCCAAAUCAUGAUAUUCUAUUAGAGGCAGCAUGGCCUGAACUGUUCUUAGAUCGAAACGGGACAUAUUGGAAUGUCCCUGAAUCAAUUUCAUUAGAUUGCUCUUCACUUGUUUCUGAAUCUGGUCUACGGUAUCGAUAUGGUAUCCACAAAAACGGAGGUACACCUGUAGCUGAUAAUUCCCCUAAUUCUGAGUCACCUGUUUCACUGUUGCCUGGAUUGUUUGCAAAAGCUGCGUUUUCCUAUGAGAAGAGCAAAGAUUUAUGGAGGCAAAAGGAGACAAGGAAGGAUCUCAUUGAAGAGACUGAAAAUGGCAGGAUCUUGAAUCCUGCAUAUGAUGUUCGCCUCAAAGAACCUCAUUCAACUUUAUCUUCGAUUGCUGGUGCUACUUGUUCAGCUGGAUAUGGUCAUAUAAACAAGUAUCCGAAGAAAAGCUCCCAUUUCAGUGCUGAUGCUUUUGCCUCUUUUUGCUAUACUUUUCAACACGGAAUGUUUCGAAAGGAUUAUGGUGACAUGACACGGUUUGAUGCUCGCCUGGAUUUAUGUUCGGCUUCAGCAUUAGCCAAAAAGAUGUCAAGAAUUUUCACACGCCAAUCUGUGAGUUCUUCGGACGACACUUUGUCAUCUCCAAGGCUCAACCUGAUACUUCAACAACAGAUUGUGGGGCCAAUUGUUUUUCGAGCAGAUUCUAAGAUUGCACUAAACUUGUCUUCUGGAAAACAAGGUAUAAUACAACUCGAGGACUUUAUAUGCAGCUUAAAUUAUUCUUUCAGACUCCUAGAAUCUGGAAAAGUAGUGGCAUGGUAUUCACCCAAGAGGAAAGAGGCUAUGAUCGAAUUCCGCCUCUUCGAAUUUUGACCUUGAUGUCCUCUUUAUGCAAAGCAACAAGAAUAGUUUGGAGUGGUUUUCUCAAGAAGUUAUUAAACUAUUGUUGUAAGACAGUUUGUAGCUGAAGAAAUGUUUAGUUUCCUUUUGUCUUGAAUCAUGGUAACAUGAAAGACUCGGUUCUUUGGAUCUUUCAUGUAAACUACAAAUGUUUGAAGAUUCCAUUUUGUUCUUAAAUUCAUUGUAUUGUUUAUUAAAAGUUA